AUGAAGCUCUCCGUUAGUCUCUCCCAGAAUCCACCUCAUCCACAUUUAGUUUCUUCGGCAUCCACCUCACCCACAUCCACACCAACCGCUCCACCACAUCCACACCAACCGCUCCACCACAUCCACACCAACCGCUCCACCACAUCCACACUAACCGAUCCACCACAUCCACACCAAUCGUCCCACCACAUCCACACCAACCACUCCACCACAUCCACACCAAUCGCUCCCCCACAUCCACACCAAUCGCUCCCCCACAUCCACACCAACCGCUCCACCCCAUCCACACCAACCGCUCCACCACACCCACACCAACCGCUCCAACCUUCUAUCAAUCCACGUCAAUCUCUCCACUAUCCACAUCGAUCUCCCCAAAAUCCACAUUGCAACGAACUGAUGUCAAAGUCCAUGGUGAUGAAGCGUAGUGAUGGUGAAGUGUAG